UCCUCCCGUACACCCCCCCCAUCAUCGCAUUGUGGUUUGGGUGUCUGCGGAGUGUGUGUGGGGGGGGGGGGGGGGGGGGAAGAAGCAAUACCGCGAAUCGAACAUUCUCCAACUGAUUUGCUUAACAAUUUUCAAUCACUCACACGCCUGCAACGCUAGCCUCCCACAUUGCCCACCUGCAUUGCAAUCCGUCUCAAUUGUUGCUGCUGCUGCAUCGUCACAACCCAGACUUGAGACCUCUUGCCAUUUCAAAUUGGAGGUUAAUACGCCUCACACCAAACAUCAAACACCUCUCAGUGCACCAUUCAUACUCCCCUCACAAACCACACCAUGGCCACCGAUACCCGGCCACUCAAGGGCAUCCUCAAAAAGCCGGCCGGCCCCUCCGUCACCAACAGCAACGGCAGCAACAACACCGCCGCCGCCGCCGCCGUCCUGAACCCGCGGAAGCAGGACCCCCGCGAACUCGCCCUGCAGCACGCCCGCAUCAUCCAACAGCGGAAAGACCUCGAGCUCGAGAUCCUCGAGUGCCUGGCUCUGCUGUCCGAGUACCCCACCGAGCGCGGCAGCCGCCUCUACUCAGCCGCCCAUCCCUCGCCCCGCGACGCCGCCGACUUCAAGGCCAACGUCCGCCUCUUCCAGCCCUCCGACUACGACGACCUGAUCGAGGAGCGCAACGUUAAUGGCCUAUGUGGCUACACCCUCUGCGCCCAACCCAAACCCCCCGCCUCCAAGGGCGGCGAGUGGCGUCUCGUCAACUUUGGCACCUCGAGCUUCGACAUCGUUAACCGCAAGGAGUCGGAGAAGUGGUGCUCCAAGGACUGCCAGCGCAGGGCCCUCUACGUCAAGGUCCAGCUCAACGAGACCGCCGCCUGGGAACGCGCUGGCAUCCCCGACAUCGAAAUCGAGCUGCUCGGCGAGCACAAGUCCGCGAAGGAGGAGGACCCUGCCGCCCAGGCGACGCGCGACCUCGCGAACCUGAGGUUGGAGGAGACCAGGCGGGUGGCCGACGAAUCUGCGACGCUAGCCCUGGAGCGGGGUGAGGUGCGCCAAGAGGGAAAGAAGACCUUCACACUGGCCAUCCGCGAGAGGGAGGUCCAGCCGCCAGCCGACGACAACGGUUCCUUUAUAGAACCCGACGAUGCCCACUUACUGGUAGAAGGGCAUCGGCCGGGAGCCGGAAAAGCGCAGGCUCGGGCCGAAGCAUCUCAAGCCGAAGCCCAAUUUAGGAACGAAAACGCGUGACUCGAUGGCUUUUAAU